AUGGCUACAACCAAUAAACGUAAAGGCGGUUCCGUUUGUGCAGUUUCUACGUGUGGCAAUUAUUCUGGAAAAUUAAAACAAGAUGGAAUAUCUAAUAUAUCUUUUCACAGGUUUCCAAAGAACUUGAAACUGCAGAAACAAUGGAUUCUGAAAUGUAGACGUGCUGACAAUUGGAACCCUUCUUCUUCAUUCAUAUGUUCUGCACAUUUUAAGAAUGACUCAUUUAUCCGUGAUCUACAAGCCGAACUAUUAGGAUAUGCUCCUAAAGGACGGAGAUUAAAACCUGAUGCCAUUCCCUCCUUAAACCUGCCUGGGCUUUAUAUACAAGGAAAUCAAGUUUCCACAUCUGCUUCUAAUCGCAGUAAAAGAAUGGAAGCUAAAUCCUCCAAACAGGCUCAUGAUGAGAUUAUUACUAUGGCUCUUAAUACAGAAAUACAAUCAUCUUCAAAUAAGUCGACAUCAUUAUAUGAUUCAACUGAAGAACCACCUGAAAUCAUUGAUUAUAAAUGUUUGUAUAGAGAUUUAUUAAAAGACCAUGAUAAAUUAAAAACUGAUCUAAGUUUGCAACAAAAUGAAUUGAUUUCUAUUAAAAAUGCAAAUGAAUCUUUAAUCAAGAUUAACGAUUCACUCCGGUCUCAACUAAAACAACUACAGAAAAAUAUCAUUAAUUUAAAUAUACUAAUAAAAAAAAGUCAAAAAUCUUCAAGUAAACAAAUCAAACAAUUAUCUGUAAAUAAAGACAGGAAUAUUGAAAUUCAAGCCAGAAAAUACCUUUCAUCUGUUUUUUCACAAAACCAACUUGAUCUUUUGAUGAAAAAAAAGAAAAAAAUACAUUGGUCAAGAGAUGAAAUCUCUAAAGCAUUCAUUCUUAGGUAUUUCAGCAAGCGUGCGUAUAUUUAUGUCAAAAAUGAAUUGAACUAUCCAUUGCCUGGAAUAUCAACUCUGCAACGAUGGGCUAAGAGUAUAGAUUUGAGGAAUGGAGUUCUUGGAGAGAACUUAAAAAUAAACAAUGUUGAAAAUUUAAGUGAAAGUGGAAGUACUACAGAAAGUGAUGACGAUUCUCUACAAGAAAUUGAUGAUAAAUAUGAAAUGGAAGAAGAUGCUACAGAAUACUUGGCAGGUUGGGUUGCCAAAAAAUAUAAAAUACAGUUUCCAGAACUUGGUUCGACUACAACAAAAUGUAAUUUAGAACGCCCACUAGAACAUGACUAUCAUUUAUCUUAUGGUGGUUUAAUUGCACAAAGUCAAGAUUUUAAAAAUCAAGUUAUUAGAAUUGAAAGGCUGUUAAAAAAAAUAACAAAAAAUCAAAUUCCUAAAAGGCCUGGAGUUGUAAAAUAUCUGACCAAUAAAAUUAUCCGUCAAAUGGAAAUUGAGGAAAAAUACAAACCUGUAAUUCAAACAUACAUCAAACAAAGAGUUUUGAUUAGGAUGAGAUACUUAAACCAACAUUCAAACUUAUUAAUUAAAAAACGAAAAGCAAAAGCACAAUUACAGAAAAUGAAAAAACUUAAAAGGCUGAUGACAUAG